UGCUGAUGAUGUUGAUGACGAUUAUGAACAUUUGAUGAUCAUAUUGAUCAUUUAACACCCUUUAAUUGUUAACCCAUUGGACCUCAAUGGGUAACUCACCAACCAAUCGAUAAUAAGAACGAUCAACUCGUUGCUCAAUCAAUCAUCGCCAAUCAAUUUCAACUUGAUUCUCAUUGCUAAUUUUUCUCUUUCUCUUAGUUACCAGAUCUUUCCCUCUCUUUUUUACUGUCUAUUUCUUCAUCUGUCUUUUUUCUUCUAUCUGCUAUCUUCUCUAUUCUCCUCCCUCUUCAGCCACUUUCUCUUCUUUCUCUUUUUUCCGGCUGGUCUUGUUUGUGGCUCUGUUUUUGUUUUUUUUUGUUAAGUUAAGUUAAUAAUUAACUCUUCCCCGUUGUUAUUUGAUUUUGUUAAAAUAUUAAUUUAUUAAAUUUAAUUUAAUCAUGGUUAGUACAUUCGAUGUGACUGAAACUAAACCUGAUGAUUUAUCACCUAAAAGGUUGUGCCUUGUUUGUGGUGAUACUGCUUCUGGUUUUCAUUACGGAGUUGCCUCUUGUGAAGCUUGUAAGGCUUUUUUCAAGAGAACUAUUCAAGGAAACAUCGAAUAUACUUGUCCAGCCCAAAGUGACUGUGAAAUAAAUAAAAGACGACGAAAAGCUUGUCAAGCCUGCCGAUUUCAAAAAUGCCUUCGAAUGGGAAUGCUCAAAGAGGGGGUUAGAUUAGACAGAGUUCGAGGAGGACGGCAAAAGUAUCGACGAAAUGCUGAGAGUCCUUACGCUGUGGCGACUUUGCCCCCCAAAAAUACUACAUUAGAGGAAAAUAAGUUUGUUACUGCUUUGAUCUGUUGUGAACCUGAAACUCUAUUGGUAAAUGAUUCAACAUAUAAAGAUCGUUGGACUGCCUAUUCUAAGUCACCCAGUGACAAAACUGUUUGUAUAUUAGGAGAUCUAGUUGAUCGGGAAUUGGUGGCAACAAUUGUUUGGGCUAAGCAAAUACCCGGUUUUUCAGAUCUUGCCCUUAAUGAUCAGAUGAAAUUGUUGCAAAAUAGUUGGGCCGAGAUACUUUCACUCAGUCUUGCAUACAGGACGCAUCAGCAUUUCUCAUCUUCAUGCUAUUCUGCUUCCAUGCCUUUAAAGCAGCUCAUUUUCGCUAGUGAUUUUGUAAUGGAUGAAACUCAAUCCAAGCAAGCAAAAGCGGAAGAAAUGUUCAAUUCUUGUGUAAAACUGGUCAAACGAUUGAAUCAAUUACGUAUAGCUAAAGAGGAAUACCUUGUUAUUAAAGCUCUUCUUUUGACGAAUGUCGUUUGAUUUUUAGAUCUAUUAUUAUGAAGGCCACUCAAAGUUGUACCUCUAACUUAUAUUCAACUUGAGAAUAGUCAAUCAGUGCAAAAGCUCCGAGAUACAUUGUUAAUUGCCUUACAGGAAUGUGUUUCAGCUCUUCGACCAUACAACUCAGUUCACCAUUUAAGUCAACUUUUGUUAUGUUUACCACUAUUAAGACAAAUUGACGGCAUUACCCGACGUUUUUGGAACGGAAUCAAAAUAGAGGGAAGAGUACAAAUGAACAAACUAUUCCUUGAGAUGCUUGAAGCAAAUUUGGUCCGUUAGCUGUAAUCAAUUUUUGGAUUGUAAUCAUGUUUAACUCGGAGAACACAAACUAUGAGUACAAAAAAGCUAGCAAAGUAUAAUUGUAGUUCAACAAUCAACUAAAUAAAUGUAAGGGCAUAUGGUCAAUUUAAUAUUAUUAAUUGAAACAGAAAACAAGGAAGAAUGUUAAUUCAACCCUCCCCAAAUCAAGAGUUCAUCUGAUAAUUGAUUCUAUUAAUUAUCAAUUGUUAUUUAUUGCGAUAAGCCUGCAUGAUUAAGGCUCUCACAUUAACCGGUGAACCAAAUGUUUAUAAAGAAUGUUUGAAUCAAAGGAUAAAAACAAAUUAAGUUAAUAUUUAGUCAAGAAGGAUUGAAGUUAUAUCGAAGUAAAUUUCAAGUAAUAACUAAUGUGUAUUUAGUGUAAAUAUAAUUAAUAAUUAUUAAACUAUUGAACCAUA